CCUCCAUAACAAACAAUUUGAGGUUAUACGCAUUUUUAAAUCUAAAAUGUUUAAUCAAAAUUGUUACAUUUCAAGCGCUGCAAAUGCAACUCCUCAAGCUGUUCAUUGGGGUAACAACAACCUAAUUUGUUACGCUUCUUGUAACGCAAUUUUAAUAUAUGAUCCUACGAUUGGAAAAGUUGUAAAAACUCUUUGUAAACAUACAAAAAAGGUGAAUGCUGUAAAAUGGAUUAGGGGCGUUUCCUAUGAAAAAGAAUUUGUGUCUUGUUCAGCUGAUGGAAAUGUUAUCGUAUGGAGUCUUAAAGAUAAAUCGUACAAUCCCGUUGUACUUGAAGGUCAUAAAGGGACUGUUAGCAUUUUAGAAGCAAUGUAUAAAGAUGAAACUGGUGAUUAUGCUAUUGUGGUAUCAGCAGGUGUUGAUUCUACAAUUAGAAUUUGGUCUCGUGAAGUAUUGGAGGGCGAUUUUAACCCAAUUCAAGAAAUAAAUUUAGGUUAUAGCUUGUGUAUAGCCAUUAAAUUAACUUAUCUACCUUGCAAAACACUUUUACUUGCUUGUGGAAUAGAUAAUAAUAACAUUGAUCUUUAUGUGGAUUCAAAUAAAGAUGUGAUUGAAUUUUCAUUAGCAACAAAUCUUAAAGGACAUUCCGAUUGGGUUAGAGCAAUUGAUUUUAAACAAUACGAGGAUAAAUUCUUAUUAACAAGUUCUUCUCAAGAUUAUUACAUUCGCAUGCAUGAAAUAAGUGUAGGAAUUGCUGGUGUCACUAGUAUUGACUUCAAAACAUCCAAACAAACUUAUAAAAUUGAAUUACAAUCAAUUUUAAUGGGCCAUGAAGGUUGGGUUUAUUCAAUAAAUUGGUCCCCAAACGAUGUUAAAUUACUCUCAGCAUCGAUCGAUAAAACUCUGGUUAUUUGGGAAUUUGAUAAAAUUGCAAAUCUUUGGUUAGAAACAACAAGAUUAGGAGAAGUUGGAGGAAACACUUUAGGUUUUUAUGGCGCUAUGUUUUCUCCAGAUGGUAAAUCCAUCAUAGCCCAUAGUUACCAUGGCGCUUUUCACAUUUAUAAUUACAUUCCUGAUUUAAAUAUUUGGGAUUCAAUGGUAACCGUUGGUGGACAUUUUGGGGAAGUCACUGAUUUAGGUUGGGAACCCAAAGGGGAAUUUUUAAUAUCAGCUUCAGCUGAUCAAACCACUAGAGUUCAUGCUCCAUGGAAAACUGAAUCAAAUACGAUUACUUGGCAUGAAAUCGCUCGCCCACAAGUUCAUGGGUAUGAUUUGAGCUCAUUGGCGAUUUUAUCUCGAUAUAAAUAUGCCUCAGGGGCUGAAGAAAAAAUAGUUCGUGCUUUUCAAGCUCCCACUAAUUUUGUUGAAAACUUUAAAAGAAUUUGUUUUAUUGAAGAAGAAGAAGAAGAAGAUAAUGAUGAAAUAUUACCUAAAGGAGCAUCUGUGCCAUCUUUAGGAUUAUCAAAUAAAGCUGUUUUUGAAGAUAACAACGAAAUGGAAGCUAAACCAAAGGAUCAUAAGAAUCCUUAUCCUGAAGAAUCUUCUUUUAGCGCGGUUGAUUUAUACAAUCCUCCAACCGAAGAAACUUUAAUCCAAAACACUUUAUGGCCAGAAAUCCAAAAACUCUAUGGGCAUGGAUAUGAAGUCUAUGCAUUAGCAGCUUCAUCAGAUGGAAAAUUUUUAGCGUCUACUUGUAAAUCAACCACAAAAGAACACGCUGCUAUUUUACUUUGGGAUACAUCUUCAUGGCAAUUACAUCAAAAACUCCACUCACACACCUUGACGGUAGUCCAAAUGUCCUUUUCACCAAAUUGUAACUAUUUAUUAUCGGUAUCCAGGGAUAGAAGGUGGUCACUUUUUGAAAAAACGGACGAAAAUAAAUUUGAAAUCGUCGCUACGACGGAUAAAAAAACCGGAAUUCAUAGCAGGAUAAUUUGGUGUUGUAAUUGGUCGCAUGACUCGAAAUAUUUUGCGACUGGAUCUAGAGAUGGAAAAGUUGUUAUUUGGACGAAAAACGAAGAAAAACCCGUUGAAAAUGUACUCGGAAAAGUUGAAGCGGCUUCAAAACCACUAGAAAAUAAAGAAUCUGUAACUGCAGUUGGUUUUGGACCCGUUUUAGAUAAUAACGGUUGUUACAUUAUUGCUAUUGGAUUUGAAAAUGGAGAAAUCCAUGUUUAUAAGUGGUUAACUGAGUGGAGUUUGGUUCAUACUUUAGAUAAUGGCGCUGCACAUCAUUUAACUGUAAAACGAUUGGCGUUUAGACCUGUGGUUGGUUGUGCUGGACAACGCGACUCAGAGAACUUCUUACAAUUGGCUAGUUGUAGUUCUGAUCAUUCUGUUAGAAUAUAUAAUUUAGAUAUCUCAGUUUUAAAAUAAUCUAACUAGUAACAUUUUUUUAUAAGCUAUAAGGUACAUUAAUAUAAGUUUGUAAAGAGUGUACUAAUAAUAAGACUUAAUAUAUUUGUUACUUUUGA